AUCGGUUGCACCAAGACGCCUUUGUAUUCAGUCAUUCGGGUGCAUAACACAGGUUGUCAAAGGUCGUAUAAAGUUAGAUCUCGCAGUGUAGACGAGGAAACGGGACGUAUUUCCGGCUACCGUCUUGUUCAUUGCCACCCAGAAGACCUAAGUGUACGCAGUUCUUUGUUGGCGAACAAACGGUUCUUGGCACAGCGCUCUUCAGCAUGGCCAUUACAGUACAGAUGAUUGUUCUGCUGGUUUUCUGCAUCUGGGGCGACCACACCGCCGCACAGAGAAUCACGCUACCUUACCAUCCCGGGUCGUGCUGCUUUGGAGGAGAGUCCGGAUCCAACGCCGACACCGUCGGGCUGCAGCGGAGGGUGGCUGACUUGGAGGCAAGGCAAGCACAAAUGGAGGCACGGCAAGCCCAGCUGGAAGUGAGCUCGAGGCAGGCUGAGAACACACGCCCGUGUCCGGAGCCCGAGAUACCGUGUGAGUGGAAACUGGUGUUCAAGAUCCAAGCCAAGGCGGGUCCGGACAUCUACCCUCUCUGGAGUUCCGCCUCCGUCCCGGCCAACCAGCCCGACGAUCCGAGUCUGUCGACUGGUCACUACAUAAGCAGGGACGUCGGGAUGUGGGAAUCACUGGACAUUAAGAAGGUGAAGGUGUCCCUGUACACGUUCAGCCCAAAUAUGGAAACCCGUGACCUCAUCUUCAACGGGACGGGGAGUAACAAGGACAACUGGUUCUCCAAGGACCGCCUCAUCUCCUCGCCUUGGACGGACCUAAAGACCACACCCAUCGACGAGAAUGGCUAUGUUUUUUCCAUCGUAGGGCACGUGUAUCAUGGCUUACACUUUAGGCGAUUCUUCAUCAACCGGAGCUUUCUCCCCUUGGGCUGCCCGAAUGACCGCGGCUGGAUGGUGGUCCUUGAUCAAAACUCGCGCUUUUGUCCCUGGGAGAGAGGGACCGGCAAUCCGCGGAUCCUGUUUUCCAAGCUGACCACUCAUGUCUAUUUCGAGACAGAUCGUGCAAAUGUGGGCCAAGCUGACGUCAUGGCCAUCUUCAUCAAGACCUGUGACGACUAGCCACCAGUGACGUCACGAUGCUCAGCUGACAUCUGUGGCCAUCUGCAUACAGAGCAGUUACAUUACUAAUCAUUAUUCUAGACGCAAUGCUUACUUAGUAACUAAAUGCAAUUUUCAUUUCAUUGCUAAAACGAACUGUAUACGUAGCUACGUCUUUUCAAUGGGACAGUCCUUAUUAGCCACACAUGGGUUAAUAGAAUGGAAUUUAUUAAUAGAAGAAUGUCGUAGAACAUAACAACUUCUAUUGCACAAUGUUUACUAUGAAUGUGCAAAUUAGAAUGAAAGUCCAUAUAUUGUAAUGGCAAACUCACAAUUUGGAAAACUUGAUUAUGGUGCAAGUUGAAUACGGUUUCAGAAGGUGGUAAGAUGCUCAGGACUGUCAUAGAAUGAUAAGACACAAUGAUAGGAUAUAAUGUGUUAAGAUGUUCGUAGUUUCUGCAAGACGUUCGUAGUUUCUGCAAGAUUUUCGUAGUUUCUGUAAUAUGCUUAGGAUUGUCAUAGAAUGAUAGGAUAGAAUGUGUUAAGAUGUUCGUAGUUUCCUCAAGUAUGUUUGAUCACAAUGCAGCCCUAGCAGCUCAAUCUGUGUAGAAACUCACCCUCAACUUAAUUGCUCCUUACCCUGUAGCAGCACUAUUUAUGUCAAUAAUAAUGAAGAGAAUAAUUAUACUAUCCUUGUUUCAUGCCUAGAAUCUAGCUAUCUUUGAUAUCACAGUGAUAAAGCACAGCAUGUAUCCAGUACUGUUUAAAGUAGCUUGAGACUUUCAGAGAGGUGAGUGCAAAGGAAAAUAAAAUGCAGUUGUACUUGUUUUAUACUGA